UCUGCGGCCAAGUUUGCCAUGGAUUUUCCUAUUCCAGAUGCUAGCUGUAGUCUGUGCAGAAGAAGUAAAAAGGAGGGAUGAAUGUCUGUUUGGGCAUCCAGGCAUACCUGGAGAUCCAGGCCACAAUGGCAUACCUGGUAGGGAUGGAAGAGAUGGAAUAAAAGGAGACAAAGGAGAUACAGGAACCUGUGCAGAUGUUCCAGGUUUACGGGGAGGAAAGGGCGAUUCCAAUGGUACUGAUGGCACUCCUGGCCAGAAAGGAAAAAGAGGAGAACAGGGAGAAAGAGGAGCACCUGGAAAAAUGGGUCCUCAAGGAAUUGUGGGACUGGUAGGCAGUAAAGGUCAAAAGGGAGAAUUAGGACUGCCUGGACUACAAGGGUUGAAAGGAAAUGUAGGUCCUCAGGGACCACCAGGGGAGAAAGGAGACACUGGACCUCCAGGGCUUAUUGGUUUGCCUGGCCCCAUAGGACCAACAGGCAGAGAAGGUCCUAAGGGAGCUAUUGGCCCUAUAGGGCUAAAAGGAAGCCUAGGAAUUCAGGGUGAAAAGGGAGAAAAAGGAAGCACAGGGGAACAGGGAAUCAAAGGUGAUAUGCCAGUCAUAUCAAAGAGUGCAUUUAGUGUUGGCCUUUCGACAUCUUCUAAACUGCCAAAUCCAAGUGCACCAAUCAAGUUUGAUAAAAUCUUUUACAAUGGCCAAAACCAUUAUGAAUCCUCUACAGGAAAGUUUACCUGUGAAUUUGAAGGGGCUUACUAUUUUACCUAUCACAUUACAGUGUACACAAAGAAUGUAAAGGUUGCACUGCUGAAAAAUGGAGUACCUUUGCUUCAUACUAUGGAUCGUUAUCAGAGCUCCGAAGAUCAGGCCUCUGGAGGCACCAUCUUAUAUCUACAAACUAGAGACCAGGUGUGGCUGCAAGUUGUUGGAGGGGAAGCAUACAAUGGAUUAUAUGCAGAUAAUGAUGAUGACACAACCUUCACUGGAUUUUUGUUAUUUGCAAAUACAUAA